CUCCCCAGGUCUAUUCCGACCUACCUACACGUUGGACACGGAAUCCCUCGGAAUCUACGACCGGACGCAUACUAUAGUGCCAAUGGCUGAGUACCUCAGGUCAGCGCUGAGCUAUCUUGCAGGCUCUCCUUCAUGCAAAACGGAGAACGAAUUCGUUGGUAGUAACAUUCUCGUUGGAAACCAGCAUUUGCGAAUAAAACGUGUAGUGGCAGAAGGAGGUUUUGGUGUUGUUUAUGAAGCUCACGAUAGCGUUAAAGGGACGCCUUACGCUCUCAAGAGGAUUUUAUCUCAUGACAAAGACACGAGUAAUCUCAUAAUGCAGGAGAUUGCACUUCUCAAAAGGCUCAGUGGUCAUCCGAACAUUAUGCGCUUUUAUCAUGCGGCUUCUGUUUGCAAGGAAAAAGUGAAGGGUGUUAGCGCUGAAUUCCUCAUCGUAACUGAGUUGUGCCGAGGUGGACCCUUGACCCAUUAUCUGCCAACUCCUCACCAAGAACCUCCGCUCCCUGUCAGUGUUAUUCUACAGAUUGUUUACCAAACCUGUCGAGCAGUGCAGCACAUGCAUAAUCAAUGUCCACCUAUAAUUCACCGUGAUUUGAAGGUUGACAAUUUGCUGUUAUCUGAGGAUUUUAUCAUCAAAUUAUGUGAUUUUGGCAGUGCAAGUACCACUAGCUAUUCCCCAGAUCAUACUUGGAGCUCGCUGCAGAGACUAAGUGUUCAAGAAGAGCUGGAGAGAUUUACAACCCCUAUGUACAGGGCACCUGAAAUGUUAGAUCUCUAUCUGAAUCAUCCUAUCGGCACGGCCUCAGAUAUCUGGGCUUUGGGGUGCAUUCUUUUCUAUUUAACAUGCACCUACCAUCCGUUUGAAGAUUCGGCCAAACUUGCUAUUCUUAAUGCGAACUACCAGUUACCGACAGCGCCGUCUGAUCACACCAUAUUUCAUAACCUGAUACGCCAAAUGCUCCUUAUCAACCCAACUCAACGCCCGAACGUCACUGAAGUCCUUGGUGAACUAUCAGAACUUGCUUCUGUGCGGGAGUUGCGAGUCAGUGGCCCAAUUUCCAUGUUUGCCAAAGUCAGCAAACGACGCGGUCUCUCCACCACCUCUACGGUUAUCAACAAUCCUUGCGCUACCGUCUCCCCUGCUUGUGGUCAUACUCCGAGCGACCCGAAGUUCUCUUCGAGUUUUCCACCCGAAGACAACACGAAAAUUGGUGUCUAUACUUGCAAACCAUCAGUACCUAACAGACCUCUGCUGCCACCGCGGACCGCACCUUCUGUCCCCUCUACCUCACCAAAUGAAGGCACAAAGGAGUCAAAUCCUUCAACUCCCAUUUCCUCAACACAGCAUUCCGCUUCGGAACCGUGUCACAUGCAACACACCACCUCGGGCACCGGGCCGAGCAGCAUGUUUGGUAUGCUGAAAGGUGGGGCCGGGACCUUCAUUAAAAAUCUUCGGGAUGCAUCCAGCAAAGUGUUGGAGACAGUAUCCUCCUCGCUUGCGGCCGAACUGGAUUUUCAGUUGAUCACCUCUCGUAUCGCAGUCAUGUCCAAUCCUUCUGAAGGCGGAAUCGAAGCACUGAGCUCAGGAAAUCCAAUUGAGGAUGUUCAUAAUAUGCUCAACUCUAGAUAUCCAAACUCCUAUGCUGUAUACAAUCUGAGUCCGCGUCCCUAUCGUUCGGAACGCUGGUUCGAUGGUCGUGUUUCACAUCGUGCCCUAGAGCCGCAUCGAGCACCUCCGUUGAAGUCUUUGGUGGAACUUUGCUUGAACGCUAGAUUGUGGUUGAGCCAAAGCCCAAAGAAUAUUUGUGUGGUCCACUGCACAGAUGGGCGUUCCUUGUCCGCAGUGCUCGUGUGCUCUUUGUUGUGCUUUUGCCGUCUGUUCGACAAUGCAUCUCCUGCCCUGCAACUGUUCUCCUCAAAACGUGGUAAUCCGCGAUUGAACGCUUCUCAGGUUAGGUAUAUCGGUUAUGUGGCUCAGAUGGCACAUCAGCGCGGUCCCUCACCGCAUCACCGACCUUUGAAAUUGAUCAGUCUCACUGUGGCUCCCGUCCCUACUUUCAACAAAUCCAAAAAUGGUUGCAGGCCGUACGUGGAGGUUUACGAAGGCAAAUCACAAGUUCUUUCUACGUUUACCGAUUACGAAAGUCUCAAAUCCUAUGUUUUGGAAGACGGAAAAAUAGAAUUCAUGCUCAAUGGCAUUUCUGUGAUGGGCGAUUUAACUGUGAUCAUCUAUCACUGCCGUUCUUCGUUUGCCGGACGUAGCAAAGUUGCGGCGGUGAAAAUUGCUCAAUUUCAGCUUCACACUGGUUACGUGGAGGCAGAUCAGACUGAACUGAUUUACUUUAAGUCGGAUCUUGACCAUCUGGACUCGAGCAGUGGAUUUGGCGGUUUUACCAGCCGCUAUGCGGAAAGCUUCAACGUAACCAUGGAGUUCAUUGUUUCACCUAACGAGCGCCCUCGGCAUGGUAAAAAUCUGGUCUAUCCUUGGGAAAUGCUUCCCCCGAUCGAGUCUCUUCGACCUAGUCUUUGUGUUUCGGACGAUGCGGAGUUGCAGCGUUUACUGGUCGACUUCGGUCGAUUCAAUUUCGCUGCCAUUUCCGAUGCCACGAAAAUCUCCGAUGCAUCCCCACUCCAUCCCACGGGUCCACAGCAAACUUCCGAUCCUGUCGUGACACUCGCUUCCGGAUUACCUCCUAAUGAAGAGCGUGAUAUAUCACGCCCAUCCUCGGUGGACCUCUCGAACACUGUUCAUGAGGUCCAGAAUCAAGACGAUGUGGCACAAACCGCUGAUCAGUUAUCCUCUGUUGUGGAAGACUUACUUGGUUUCCACACCGCCGAAUCGCACCUGUAUCGGGAACCGUCACAAACUAGUCCGGAACCCCCUAUUCUAAUUGAUGUUGCUUCUCAUCCAUCUAAUGUGAAGGUGAAUGCUGCGAAUUUUAAUUUGCCGAGCACUGCUUUCGUGGACGACUUUCUUAACUUGAAUAUGCCCAGUGAGCAAACUCAUUCCGACUGGUCGUCUACGUUUGAUGUCCCCAGAGAAGGAGUUCAUACUACGGAAGCAUCUACCAACCCCUUCAACCUAUUUACCACUACAACAGAUGACAGUUCGCUCAAAUUCACCGGAGCGCCAAAGUCACCAGAAAACCCGGCUGUGCACUUCGAAUCUGCUUUCGACCACCGUCAUCUCAGUGCCAGUGUGAGUGUGACCAAUUUGGCUGCGAGCAAAACCACUCCUUUACAUCCAUCUGCGUCGUACACCUCGCUGUCCUCAACCAACGGGACCCAAACCUUCAAACCCGCUCACACGGAUCCUUUCGUGGAUCUCUUCGAAUUGUUUGGCCAUCAGCCCCAACCAACUGGAACCGUACCUGCAUCUACAAACCAGACUCUAAAUGGCAACUUCACCCCAACUUCGACGGAUACUAACAGCGCGUUCAACUCAGCAACCACGACCAUCCCCCCUCAGUCCUCACGGCCAAAUAUAUUUGGAUCCUCAACGCCCCGCCCUCCAGAUCCCAGUUCUUCCGGAGCUGGCUUCACGACCAGCAGUUCUGGUGCUCGUCCGAAGGUUGGGAAGGACGCUUUCUCCGAUCUGUUGGGUGACUUUGGUUCAGCGUCGAACACGGAGAACGCGGGCCAGCCAAAGACAGUCAACCAAAUGCGCCGGGAGCAGAAAGCAAUCAGUACUGAUCCGGAGGAGUUGAUGGUACAAGAUUGGACUCACGGUAAGGAUCGCAACUUGCGAGCCCUUUUGUGCUCGUUACCAGCAAUUCUUUGGGAAGGUGUCAGAUGGAACCCGGUUGGAAUCACUGAUCUGUUACAUCCAGAUCAAGUUAAGCGCCAGUACCGCAAUGCCGCACGCGCUGUUCACCCAGACAAGUGGAUGAACACAGAAUACGAAAAGCUCGCUCGUAUGAUUUUCGUUGAGCUAAACGACGCGAUGGCCGAAUUCGAAAAAGAUCCCGCUCCGACACUACCGUUCUGAGCAUCCGCUGGACCUGUUUCCACUUUAACUAUUGGAUGGUGUUUCCUCCAUUCAGCUCACUCUGCCCGCCGUUUAGUUCGCUCUGCAUGCAGCGAAUGGAGCCAUUUUGCAGCUGCUUUGAUCGCCUGUGCACAAGUAUACUGUGAUCUUCAUAAGGCAAUUUCCCCUUUCUACGUUACUUCUUGACCUGGCGAGAGUGAAAGUUGUUGUUGUUGUGUAACCUUCCAAACGUCUUUCUACAAUACUAUCGUUUGCGCCCCCCUUCUUACUGGUUAUUUAUGCACCCCAUUUCACUACUAUUCUCGGUGACCAACAACUCCGUGGACUAGUCAGAAGUGUUUAUUAUCGGAUCAUGCAGUUUUAUCAAAACUACUUACCCAACUUUCUUGCCUCACAAGCAGUCUGCUUUAGAGGCUGUUUUCCAUACUGCCGGUGUAUAUAAGCUUGAUUUCCACCUUAUGAAUUACAUUCCAAUCAUUCAUGGCAAUUAUUUUUCAUCUCUCUAAAAUCCAGUCUGUCCA